UCGAGUGAGUGACUGGGCGAGCAGCUCCCCUCCCUCGCUCGCUCCCCGCCAGCUCCGGCUCGCUCCCUGCCCACUCCCGGGGGAACGUUCCGUGCCGCGGCCGCCGCGGCCGCCGCUUCUUUCACACUUUAGUUGGGAGCUGCGCGCCGCGCUCAGUUACUGGAGACCUGGCCGCGCGCCGCCGCCUCCCGCACGCUCGCACGCGGGCCCGGCUCCGGGGUUUUGGGUUCUUACUCCAAGCGGCGGAGAGGAGCGGGAGCCUCGGACACACUGUGGGGACGAGGAGGAAGAGGAGGAGGAGGGAGGAAGAAAAACGGCGAGGAGGACAGGGGCGGGGGGCGGGAGGCUUGCCACCUUCAGCCCCCCCGCGAGCGCCCAAGGUGCACAUAUCUUGACCAACUCAGCAGCAAGGUGGAUUUUCUUUGUGUUUAAAGAAAAAAACAAUGUCCCUGUGUCUGUAGAGAUGAUUUGCAGUUCAGCCCGGCUGAAGCUGACCGAAUGAGACUAUGGGCUGUGCCUCCGCCAAGCAUGUUGCCACUGUUCAAAAUGAAGAGGAGGCCCAGAAAGGGAAAAACUACCAGAAUGGAGAUGUGUUUGGCGAUGAGUAUAGGAUCAAACCAGUGGAAGAGGUCAAAUACAUGAAAAAUGGGGCAGAAGAAGAGCAGAAAAUAGCAGCCAGGAACCAAGAAAACUUGGAAAAAAGUGCCAGCUCAAAUGUCAGACUUAAAACUAAUAAAGAGGUUCCGGGAUUAGUUCAUCAACCCAGAGCAAACAUGCACAUCUCUGAAAGCCAACAAGAAUUCUUCAGAAUGCUGGAUGAAAAAAUUGAAAAGGGUCGGGAUUACUGUUCGGAAGAAGAGGAUGUCACAUAGCACCAAUUUUACCACUCAAACCAGGAGCUACUACUGUGUAAAUAGGUUACACCCCAGUUGAAAUCUUUGCAAAGGUCGGUUCUAUUCAGCGAACAGCACUAUAGCAAAAGAAGAUCGUUCCAUAUCGUACGCCCCAUUAAAUUACAGUGUUUCUUAAUGAACUUGCAAAGGAAUAUUGCUAAAAACAAACAAACAAAAAAAAACUGUUAUCGAACUUUCUUUGUUGCUGCUAGUUAAAACUUGUUGCAACUUUUCACUUCUCUUGUGUCCAGGUAUGCAGCAAAAUUCUGCAAUUUCACCUUAAAGAUACUGUUGGUUUUACAGAUGCUCUCCAACCUAUUUUCUAUAAGACGAGGUAGUGGUGAACUCAGAUAUCAAACUUCUAUUCUAAACUGGUUCUGCUUCUAAGACAAGCAUCUCCUGCCCUCUCUCCUUCCUCCCCAUCUCUCACACGCAGUCUAGAGAUGGACUGAGCCUUGCUUCUUGCUGGCAGUGUUAAGCUUUGGAGUUGGGAUGGUUGCUAUGGCAAGCCUUGUUCCUCUGCUCAGAAGAAGUGGAGAAACUAUUAUCAAUUAGAAGCAUGGUGUGAUGUGACUCCUGGAAGUGAUGUAGGGGUGAGUGGCAGGUUGUUUGAUUUCAUAGGUAUCUUAGUCAAGGAUUGAGCUUGCAGCAUUGGCUUUGCUCAGAUGCAGAUGGAAGUGUGAUCACAAUCAUUUUCAAUCCCUCUUCCUCACUUUUUUUUCUAAGAAAAUAAACAUUUUACUGUUUUUAUGGAUCCUUGUCUUCUCCCAUUCAUCCAGCUCAGUGUUUUAAGAUGAUCCUGGGUGCACAAGUUGAGCCCUCCUUUGCAUUGACAGUGAUAAUUAGCCUAAAGGGCUCCCUACCCUUCCAUUAAUAACCUACCAAGCAUUAGCAAGGAUGUAAGGGGCCUGAAGAGGUAAGGGGAGAUCCUAUGACUUUUUAGGAGGGCCUGAAACCUUCUUGUUACCUUUCAUUUUGUUAGCAAAUAAACCAUCCUAUUUCAUAACUCUCUCCCUUCAAAAUGCUACAUGAGCCUUGCCACUUCCUUUUUCUCUUAUUUCCAGCACACUAGAUACAGGAAAAGUGUUUGCCUACUCAAAAACAUAAGACUUUUAUGCUAAUGAUGAUAUUUGGAGAUGCGAAAGCCAGAAGCCCCUGGCCGUGGUGGGGAAUGUUGACCGAGUGUUCAGCAGAGUUUAUUUUUCCAUACUAUAUGAAGAGAAUGAUCUCUUCUCAAAGACAGAAGUGAUAUUUUUAACAAAUAUUGUCACAAGUAAAUAGCAA